AUGGAAUCUACAAAUAUUAACAACAACGACAACAGCAUUAGUAGCAAUGAAGUAUUAUCUAAAGAAUCUGUAAAUAUUAUUAUACCUAAUUCAAUAAAUAAAUCACCUUCGUCAUCACUACCAAUUAUUAUUAAUGAUCCAAAAAAUUGGCCAAAAAAAAAGAAACUUCAUGUUUUAUUAAUUAUUGCAUUUGCAAGUAUAUUAAUUGGCAUGGGUGGAUCAAUAUUGUAUCCUGCCUUAAUAAGCAUCCAAAAUGAUUUAGAAACCACUGAAUUUCUUACAAAUUUUCUAAUUGCAAUAUAUCUUAUGUUCUUUGGAAUUGGGCAACUUGGAUGGGCAUCAUAUUCAGAUAUAUUUAAGACUAGGCGUAAGAUGUUUUUGGGUUCUUUUUUAGUAUAUUUAAUUGCAAGCAUAAUCUCUGCUGUUUCCAAUAGCAUUUGGUUAUUAUGUUUAAUGCGAGUAUUUCAAGCUUUGGGUACUUCAGCUGAUCAAUGUGUUGGAGCUGGCAUCAUCAGUGAUAUUUUUAUUCCAACUGGUUAUAUAGUUGGGCAAAUAACUGGUCCAGUAGUGGGAGGUUUUGUGACUGAAUAUCUUGGUUGGCAUUGGAUAUUUUGGUUUACUUCAAUAUUUAUAGAAAAAUCUUCUUCCACAUUACCACCUACAACAAAAAUAACAACAACACCUCACAAGAAAAUUUUCAAUCCAUUUAAACCUUUAAUAUUAUUGCGUCUACCACAUGUAACAUUAAUAGUUUUGUAUUUAGUUACUCUGACAGCUGUAUCUUAUGUACAAGAUAUCAUGUUAUCAAGAAAUUUUGUUGAAAAAUAUGAUCAUAUAAAUUCAUUUGAUAUUGGCUUAAUAUACCUGUCACCAACAAUUGGUUACUUGUUAGGAAGUCUAUUUAGUGGUAGAUAUUCUGAUUUUAUAUUACGUGCAUUUAUUAUACCUAUUGCUUACAUUUCUUAUGGUUGGCUUUUAAAUUACAAUGCUCAUAUCUCAUUACCUAUUAUUAGUCUGUUUAUUGGAGGAUUUACAACUUUGAUGGCACAAAAUCCAACAUCCACAUAUUUAGUAGAUGUAAAUCCAAAAUAUAGUUCAUCAGCUAUAGCAACGUGUAGUUGUUUAAGAUAUGUUUAUGCUGGAAUAAUGGUAGCAUUAUCUGUAAAAAUAGAUGAAACAAUUGGUGUAGGAUGGACUUACACUCUAGUUUCUUCCAUGAAUGCUUUCUCUAUAAUAUUUAUAAUAGUGGUUUAUUUUAAAGGCAAGAAAUGGAGAAACGAGAUGAAGGUUGGCGAAAAAGAUGUGAAUUAUAGUUAA